AAUAAAUUCAAAGUGUUUCCCCAAAUUUUUCAUUUUCAUUUUCAUUUCUCAAAUCCUUGAAUUCAGUUUCAAUGGGCAAACCCGAGAGGAAAGCGAGAGAGAGAGUAUACUCUUCGUCUUCAUAUUUUCUUCGCUGUUUUGGGGUUUCCCGGAAAAUACACUCCGACAAACCCAUGGUAGAAACUGGCCAAGAGAAGAAGAAGAAGAAUAAGACGAGAAGUCGUUGGUUUUUGCGAGCGACAAAAAAUCGUUUCAAGGACGGCGAGGAGAUCACAACGACGCCGAUUUACGAAGCGGAGAAACAAAACUCUAAUGUUGAAGAUGAUAAACAAAAUCUGUUUCGGGUGAUACGUCACAUGACUGAUCAGAAGAACGUUGCGGCUAGUGGUUACAAACAAGAAACUAAAGAGAAAGACACGAGCGAACUAAGAGACAUCAAUCCGGAACCACUGAGUUUAUCAGGAUACGACACGUGUCACGAACAGGUAUCGACUACAUUUCGUGGCGGGAAACUCGACCCGACUAGAACCGUCGGGUACGGGUCAAAGCCGAGGGAGUCAAGGGAGAAAUCGUCGUCACGGGUCAGAAAAGCGUCGCGGGUCGACCCGGUAAUUGGGAUAUCAAUCAUAAUGCUAACGCUAGUGAUAAUGUUGAUGUGGGGACGUUUGUGUGCGAUUCUUUGUACAUCCGCUUGGUGUUACUUUCUCCCUCGUCUCAAAGAAGCUGCGGUUGCGGACAAACGCAAACGCAGUGCUGGCGGUAAAGCUGAAGCUGCGUUGUUUCCGGAUGACUUGGAUUUUAACUCUCAGGCUUACAAGAAAAAAGUCGUUUUGGAAGGCUUUCUCCUACGGCAACACCGCGUUUAGCGGUGACCACGUUUUAAUAUCCUGUUGAUUUUGUUUGACCGUAUCGGCUUUUUUUUCAGUUUGAUAUGGCAAUUUGUAUGCACAUUAAAAAAAAUGUACACAAUCACGAUUGAUAUUAUUCAUUCAUUCAUGCGUGCACAAGUGCACUACACAUUUCCAAAUCCAUUGUUACAUGCAGAC